UCCCCCUUUCAAGUAUUUUCAUUAAACAAAACUUAUUUGAAAAUUUUGUAUCUCAUUUUAUUUAUUUGCAUGGACUCUUAAUCCACUCGGUCUCAAAUCCCCAAACCCCAAAAGGAUAUUUGAAAAAAGAAAAAAGAAAACCUUUGUUUUGUCUUCAAAUAUUGAAACUUUCCUUCACUUUCCCACUGAAAAUCUUUCAUUUUUUCCCAGGAAAAAUGAGGUGGGAAAAGGUUCAGUUAUACCCAAAAGAAGAAGGAGGUGUGGGAGAAGCAUGUGCGGGGCCAGGGAAAAGAUGGGGACAUACAUGUAACGCCAUUAAAGGAGGCAGAUUUCUCUAUGUUUUUGGUGGUUAUGGCAAAGAUAAUUGCCAAACCAAUCAAGUUCAUGUCUUUGACACUGCUAGUCGGACAUGGAGCCUACUAGCAACAAAAGGCACACCGCCAAUUCCAAGGGAUAGUCAUAGUUGUACUACUGUUGGUGACAACCUAUUUGUCUUUGGUGGUACUGAUGGGAUGAAUCCUCUCAAGGAUCUGCAUAUAUUAGACACUGCAACAUGCACAUGGAUUUGUCCAAGUGUAAGAGGUGAAGGGCCAGAGGCACGUGAGGGUCAUAGCGCAGCUCUUGUUGGUAAACGACUCUUCAUAUUUGGUGGCUGCGGAAAGUCUUCUGAUAACAAUGAAGAAAUUUAUUACAAUGACCUCUAUAUUUUAAAUACAGAGACCUUUGUCUGGAAACGUGCUGCAACAUUGGGGAACCCACCAUCUGCCCGUGAUAGCCAUACUUGCUCAUCUUGGAAGAAUAAAAUUAUUGUGAUCGGUGGUGAAGAUGGGCAUGAUUACUAUUUGUCUGAUGUCCAUAUCCUGGAUGCAGAUACUCUUGCAUGGAAAGAGUUGAUUACCUCAGGCCAGAUGUUGACACCUCGUGCUGGCCACUCUACUGUUGCUUUUGGCAAGAACUUGUUUGUUUUUGGGGGAUUUACAGACGCUCAGAAUCUUUAUGAUGAUCUCUACAUGCUUGAUGUUGAUACUGGCAUUUGGACCAAGGUGAUAACUAUGGGUGAUGGCCCUUCUGCUCGAUUUUCUGUUGCUGGGGAUUGUUUGGAUCCCCUGAAGAGUGGUGUUCUUGUGUUUAUUGGUGGGUGCAAUAAGACCCUUGAGGCAUUGGAUGACAUGUACUACUUGCACACAGGACUUAUUGUACGAGAUGAAAGGAAGCUAGAGAAGUUAUCGUUGAGAAAGCAGCUAAAGCUUAAGUGUCAAGAACAAAAUCUUAGCAAUCUUGCACAAGAUAAAGCUCUUGUUAGAAUUGAAGUCAGCAAUGACGUGAACCAACCCAUUCCUUUAUCUAGUUAUGGCCAACCAAGAAGAGAAAAUUUUCCAUUAAACCAAGUCCUGCAUCAAGGAAAGAAGACAUUUCGAGCUAAGGUUACUGAGAGCUUCCCACAUGGAUAUACUAUUGAGACUAUUAUAGAUGGGAAGCCGCUUCGAGGAAUACUUUUUGCAAACACACCUAGCUCUGUACAUGUACACAAUCAUAAUCCCAGCAGAAAAAGGACUUCUGUGGAAGUUGGGGGUACUGUACUAAACGGUGAUUGCGACAGUAAAUCAAGAAGUGUGAGGCAGGAUUCUGGAGAUCAUAAACAAGCUGAUGUUCAUGAGAAGGAUUAUUUAUUGCAUGAUACAGAAGUUCCUGCUCCAAGUUUGAGGGAUCCAGCACAGUCUGAUCUAUCGACCCACAAGGGUGAUGAAUUUCCGCAUUGAGGUGAAUGGAGUUGAACAGUGCUGCUGUGAAAAUAUCCACGUGUUGGUCAGCACCAAUGUUAUUUGAACUGGAUUGGCCCAGCCGGUUGGACCGAUUGGACCAAGAAAUUAGCCGGAGCACUGAUUCGGAGAGUGGCUCUGAACCGGUUAGAUCCGGAACCAAUUCGGACCGAUUGAACUGGCAAAAAACCAGUUGAACCAGGUUUUUUAAUUUUUUGAAUUUUUAAUUUUUUAAUUGGACUGGUCCGGUCCGGUUUAAAAAAAUUGGUUAGCACGCAUAGUGGUGGCCCCACACAAGCAAACUCUGAAAGCUGCUCAUGUAUUCUUCUACCAUCCCAGUUUGUCAAAGUGUGAUGAGUUCUCCAAGAGGACUGCUUCGUGUUGGUGGUCCAAAACGAAGAUAACAUAACCCUUUGAAACGUUCCCAAGAGAAAUCUUGGUUUUCUUUGAAUAAGUUAAAAAACCAAAGUUGGACAUCUUUGGUCAUGGGGAAUGAAGCGGGUCCAACCUUAUCCUCUGCAGUUGUUUGUUGGUUGCAAAAAAAACUCUGUUUAGCCAUUCUAGUGGGUCUUCCUUUCCAUCAUAUGAUGGGAAAAUCAAGCUGUGCAUAUCAAGGAACAAAGUUGUUGUCCAGUUGUCCCCCUAAUACAGAUUCUGGUCGUGCAAGCAUUGACGCGUUGCUAUUGCUGUUUUCUUGUUCAUGCCUUUGGCUUGACAAUGCUUCCCGACUUUGGGAUAGACUAUCAAUUCGAGUGGUCAAGGCAGCAAGUGCAGCCUGUUGUUGGGCUUUAUGUUCCUCCAACAUGAACUUCAUCAUCUCCAUAAUUUGAUUCAUCCAGAUGCUUGGAUCUCCCAUAGAACUUGGCUCUGAGGCCAAAUUGUUAUGAUCACAGGUUUGAGAUAAAGUUACUGGGCGAUAAACGAGAAAAUCAGAUUCAACGAAAGUGUCUUUGCCCUUGUUUCGAUUCCGAGUUUUGCCUAUGGCGAUGGAACUCCAAGGGAGUUUUCUACCUUGGAACUCUAAGAGAGAAGCCUACCUUACUUUACUAGAAAUUCAACUUGUUUUAGCCCUUAGUAACUUUUCCUAUUAAAUAUAGGUUUACAAUAAGAGCAACCCUAAUUUUCUAGCAUGCUAGGAAAGUUUUAUUUAUGCUGAUAGAAAAACUUUAGGAAAUAAAAUAAAAAUCGCGAUCACAAUUACAAUCCAAA